AUGUCACAUUUCAUCCCUCCCAUGUUCAGGCCAAGGCCAGUGCAUUGCGAGUCGGCUCCUCCCUCGGAACAGCAGCAGCAGCAAGGCACAGUGAUCCCAGCGCAUGCUCAGCCCGCCAACGGUAGCGGACAGCACGGCGUCUACUGGAUCCCUCACUUGCCCGGUGAAGGCCGCUUCGUCGUCAAUGCCAAGCUCUAUUCGCGUCAAGAUGCCGACCCAUCCUUCCAGGAUCACAUGGACAGGUUCCGUCGCGAGGUGGCUGCCUCCUCGCCCGGCAUGCUCUCGUACAAGACCUCGGUGGUCCGUGGCGCAACAGACACCGAGAACCUCAUCUGCCACGAUCUUUACAUCUCGGACGACUUGGAGCCCCAUCCGGUGCCCACGGAAAAGGAGCAAACAGCAGGGCUAGCAGAAGCGCGGCUCAAGGAGAUUCAAGCGGAAAAGAAGGAGAAGCCUGUCAAGAGUGCACUCACAGAGCUCGGCAAGUCAGCGUACAACUUUGGUCUGGGUGGAAUCGCAGGUUCCAUCGGUGCUACCAUUGUCUACCCCAUCGACCUCGUCAAGACGCGAAUGCAGAACCAGCGAUCCUCGGUAGUCGGUGAGCCGCUGAUGUAUAAGAACUCGAUAGACUGCGUCAAGAAGGUCUUCCGAAACGAAGGCUUGCGCGGCUUCUACUCUGGUCUCGGUCCUCAGCUGCUCGGUGUAGCGCCAGAGAAGGCCAUCAAGCUGACCGUCAAUGACCUUGUGCGUGGUCACGCCAAGGACCCCAUCUCGGGAGACAUCACGCUGCCGUGGGAGCUGAUUGCCGGUGGAACGGCUGGUGGUUGCCAGGUUGUCUUCACCAACCCUCUCGAGAUUGUCAAGAUUCGACUUCAAGUCGCUGGAGAGAUCGCCAAGGCGGAAGGAGCCGAUCGCGUGGCUCGAGGUGCUGUCCACAUUGUGCGUCAGCUCGGUCUGGUGGGUCUCUACAAGGGAGCCUCAGCAUGUCUGCUCCGAGACAUUCCCUUCUCCGCCAUCUACUUUCCGGCUUACGCUCACUUGAAAAAGGACACCUUCCACGAGGGCAGGGACGGCAAGAAGCUCGGAUUCGGAGAGAUGCUCGCAUCAGCCGCUAUUGCAGGCAUGCCCGCUGCCUUCCUUACCACGCCAGCUGAUGUGAUCAAGACGCGUCUGCAGGUCGAGGCACGCAAGGGACAGGCGAGCUACCGAGGUAUUGUCGACUGUGCUACCAAAAUCAUGGCCGAGGAGGGACCCAAAGCAUUCUUCAAGGGCUCGCUGGCACGAGUGCUGCGAUCAUCGCCGCAGUUCGGUGCGACGCUCGUGGCAUACGAGUACCUGCAAAAGUUCCUGCCAUAUCCCUUCGAGGACAAGGAGGUGGCCGACAUUCUGCGCGAUGGUGUGCCGGGCGAGGACCCUUCGCGAACCCACGCUCGACGUGCACUGCAGCUGCUCCUCGAGAUGCACGAAGACUUUGGCCGUCCUCCUCCUUCAGCGUCUGCGGCUGCUCCUGCUUCUUCCGCCAAGUAA